UCUUUCGGGUAUUCGGUCGAGUCAACUAGUUCUCCUGGGAGGCGUCCCUCUGAAUAAAGUAGGAACUGUCAGUGAAAUCUGGACCAGAAACGAAUCGCAUCCUUAGAAGUUCGGCUUCUCGUGAAGAAAGUUCUUGUCCUAAGUGAAUGAAUAUUCUCCAACGGUCGGUGUAUUAUUAAGAGCCCAAAAUGACUUGGAAAAGUUCACAAAUUUCAAAUAAAUUCCCCACUUACCGUAACAGUGCUUUUAUUACAACCCACAGCUGGCUCGAGGGUAAACGCAAAGAUGAUAAUGCCGAAGGACUCUGGCGCGUCUACGACUCAAUUUAUGAUCUGACUGACUUUAUAAACAGGCAUCCAGGUGGUCCCGACUGGUUGCGACUCACCAAGGGCACUGAUAUAACUGAACUCUUCGAGGCCCACCAUUUGACAAAUGCACCAGAAAGAAUGCUUGCCAAAUAUAAAGUUCGAGAUGCUAAAGAACCUAGAAAUAUCACGUUAUCUCUCGAAGAGGAUGGUUUCUAUAGAACUCUGAAAUCACGAGUCAAAGAGCAGCUGAAGACUAUUGAUUGUAAGAAAUACAGCACCAGAUCAGAUCUCAUUCACUCAUCGAUUCUUGCUCUAUCGUUUAUCUUUUCAAUGGCAAGUAGCCUUUACGGAAGCAAACUCCUAGCAAUAGUUGCCGGUCUCUUUGUUAAUUGGACUGUGAUAAUUGCACAUAAUUACUUCCACCGCAAGGAUAAUUGGCGGAUGUAUACCUUCAAUCUUACCUUGAUGAACUACAAGGACUGGCGAAUCUCCCAUGUUUUGUCACAUCAUAUGUUUCCAAAUUCGUAUCACGACUUAGAGUUAUCCACGUUGGAACCAUUUUUCUGUUGGGUUCCAAAUCCUUAUAUUAAGAAUUUUAUACAGCGCUAUAUAUCGUGGAUUUAUUUUCCUUUCGUAUACUCAGUCAUGACUAUUAUGCAAUAUAUUAAGAGGACUAUCUACAGCAUCGCAAAAGGGGUAAAUAUUAUUGAACUAGAUGACCUCCUACCCUUUACGAUACCACUGGCAAUGUACGUGGCCAACAGUAGCUGUGUCUUCAAAAUCCUGCAGUUAUGGCUAAUUACCUUACUUAGUGCCGGUUUCUCAUUCGGCAUAAUCGGCCUUAACGCCGCCCAUCAUCAUCCUGAAAUCGUUCACGAAGGAGAUACAAUGAGAAACAACCGAGACUGGGGACUAUAUCAAAUCGAUACAAUUAUUGAUAGAGGCGAUCUGAAAGGAUCACAGCUUUUGGUUUUAACUCAUUUUGGUGAUCACACCUUGCAUCAUUUGUUCCCAACUUUGGACCAUGGAAUUUUGCCUCAUCUUUACCCAGUUUUGUAUCAGACGAUAGAGGAUUAUGAAGGAGAAAUGAGAGAGUGUAGUUGGUUACAUCAUAUUAUUGGACAACUAAAGCAAUUGGCAAGAAUUACACCGAAUCCUAAUCCUCCCAAAAAAUGAGGUGAUGUUCGUUUCAAAAGUUAAGUGUAGAUAUUGAUAAAUUUGAAAUAAAACAGAUAAAAUUUUAUAAAAACGA